UCAUCAACGAAAAAAGAAAACAAAAUGGCUUUGAUUUCCAAAAAGUCCAUGGCUAUGCUCUUUCUUGUCGCAACACUACAUUUUAUUUCACUCUCUUCCUCUACCAAGUUCCAAGCACAUGCACGUGGGCGACAAUUGCUUUCUAUCCAAGGGAUAAUUGAAUCCGCAGAUUUAUUCAAAUGGUUGGCGGGAAAAGUUGCCGAGUGGGCGAUGAAUCAAUUGCCUAAAAUGACGGAUAAUCCUAACGCCAAAGACUUUCUAUACAAUAUGCGAGACGGUUAUAAAGCCGGUAAGAAGUUCCAUGAUUUUAUAACUAAAAUGGAGAGCAUAGGAAACGAAACGUGUGGAGGUCCCUAUUGUGCGUUCGAUGAAUUUCAAACCGAAAUGCUCCAGGCAGCUAAGAACCAGUGUGGAGUUACCUUCUGUGUGUACGACCAACAAUGCAAACCGUGCCCCCAAAAUUCGCAGCAGCCAUUACAGGGGUGUGAUCCCUACUGUGUGCUCUUGCAACCGUCCGAUAAUAAUACUAAUAACUUGCAAUGUCAGAAACCGUGCGGGCCGACACAGAUUAACGAUGCUGGUGCUGGUGCUCAUGGGUUUGGUGGCUUCACGGUGGUUGGCCUGCUGGUGUUGCUCCUUGCAAUCCGGGCUUAUUAAGUGGGUCUUUGUAAUGUUGUCAAAAAAAUAAUAUUCACUGGAUUUAAUUUUUUAGAAAUUCAGUUUUUUAUUUUUGCAUGCUGGUGGUGUUAUUGGUGGUGUUGGUGUCGGUGCUCAAGGGUUUGGUGGCUUCAGGGUGGUUGGCCUGCUGGUUGUGCCCCUUGCAAUCACGGCUUAUUUAGUGAG